CACCACCCAAAGUAAGAGAAAGACCUUCUGAGCUACCUAGAAGGUUUGACGAUGAAUUGAAAGCGAUAACUAUCCGUCGUGAUCCCAAUCGGAAUCUGCCGGAGACGACGAAGAUUGUAGCGGGUGCUGAACUAUGCAGAUACUGAGGUGCUGCCCACACAGUUUCAUUCAGUUUCUCUUCAUCACCGCUUUUGUAAUUGGAUUAUUUGAGUGUGGUGCAUCUGUACCCGUCCCGGAUUCGAACUGCUACGCUCUCGACAAUUCAAGUCGUCUUGUCGAUUUUAGCAGCUGGAUCGGUCAACCAUUUGAAUAUGAUGGCAAGGAGUUCGAUUUGGUCGUUAGAUUUUGCAAGGAUGUUGAAUCAAGAGGCCAGGCGGGUUAUGUUGAUUUUGGAAGGUUUGACCCGUUGAGCUACUUUGUUUCUGGCUCUGGAAGUUUUGAUUUUGUUCAAGGGUUUUACCACGGUGACCUGACGAAUUGUGAGCAUAGUUACGACAAACUUGGACGUACAUCACAGGUCAAUAUUAUUUGUGGGAACUGUGUUGAUGGACGCUGUAAAGGUGGACUUGGAUGCAUAUGUAGUGUCACUCAAGAUUCAACUUGCAGAGUUACUGUCGAGUUGGCUAUUCCGUGUGAGAAACCUGGCCCACGUGUCUUUAAAGGAUUCACGGUCGGUUUGCAUCCUCGCUCAUGGGAACUAAUAUAUAAUGGGAUGACACAGUUUGGAUUCGACAAGCCCCGUCGUGAAUUUAGCUUCAAGACAGAGCAGACUCAUCUUACUCUCUACAUGACUGCAAUUGCUUCUCUCUCAACAUUGGUAGGGAAGCCUAUCAUCAAGGUUUCCCCGGAGAAUGGUCUUAACGUUAAGAUAUCUGGUUCUUCCUUGACUGGGAAUCAUCCAACAACGUUAUCUCCUUCAACUUUAGUGCUGGAUUGGAACUGUGAGAAAUCUCGUAAGACUCCGUAUGAAGUGAAUGUCAGCAUCCCAGUGGAUGGUUAUGAUCCAGUUCAGUUUUUCCUCACAAAACUCUGUGAAUACAACCAAGGUGCUGAAGGAGGAUCAGAGAAAGGAUGGGCUAUAUUUGGAGUUUUUUCCUGCGUAUCCCUCGUUGCAUUUACACUUUUAUGCUGUGGAGGAUUUAUCUACAAAACAAGAGUAGAACGCGUGCGUGGGAUUGAUGCAUUGCCAGGCAUGUCACUUCUAUCAGGCUUACUUGAAACUGUGAGUGGAAGUGGACAAAGCUACUCAAGAACUGAAGAGAUCAACAAUGCCUUUGCCAAUGAAGUCUCAUGGGACCGCUCUUCCAUGUCUUCUACUCAAGCACCAACGCAGAGACCAAGUGAAAGAACAUAUGGUGCGAUUUAAAUUGCUAAUUGCCUUUGCUAGAGGUUCUGUCUCAGCCAAUGGUAUUGCAUGCAGUUGAACAGUGGUUUUCUUGUUUUACUUUUUUUUUGUUUUUCUUACUUUCAUGUUUAGUUUCUAGAAUGAGGGGGAAACAAAAUUGUGAAAGAGUCAAGAAAGUUGAAAGCUUCACCAUGAGAUCGCUUUUACCUGCAGAUUCAUGUGUUAUGAUAGAAAACGACAAACAGAGUAUCC